AUGGGUUUUAUUUUGUUGAUGAUGAUAAUAUGUGUGAAUAGUUAUGGAGAAGCUAAUUGUAUAUGUAGAAAUUCUUCAAAAUGGACUAGAGAUUGUUGUGGUUCUACUGGUGGAUAUUUUAUUUAUCGUAAAUGUUACAAUACAUUCGGUUUGUCUUUUAUUCAAUGUUGUCAAUAUAUUGGAUUACGUGGAGCUUGUGUCGGUUAA